CGACGGGUUCAAAAAAAUCAGACGACACAGCCGUCGUGCGCUUUCAUCUCCUCCGCCAUCUCCGAACUUCUCCGACGAGCGAAGCCGAGAAUCCUCGUAAUCAGCCACUGUCGCGCCGAACGAUUCGGGGGGAUCGCUUUCAAUGCCGUAGUUGCCUGAGUGUUGUUGCUGCGAUCGCAUGGCGUGCCAUCAAUCCGCGAGCGUCCACGUUCAUUCCCUGUGGAGGUGUUUCAUCUGCUCCUGGAGUAACUUGACAAGAGCCAGAAGCAUUGGCAGAUUGAAUCCCGCAAACCGUCUACCCAUUUCGCCGAGGAAGGGCCACUAUAUGCUGGCAAAAUGUUCGUUCUCAACUCUACCUGGAGUUGCCACUGAAACUUCUCCUAGGAAUUCGGUGAUUCCUUCUAAAACUAGUCCUUCAGUAGGCCAAGAUGCACUUUUGGAUCCAGUCAAUCAGGAAGAAAGAGAAGCAAAGGCUGAUCCUUCCAGUGGCAGGGUAAUGCUAAUUGAUGGCACAUCAGUCAUAUAUAGAGCAUACUACAAGCUUUUGGCCAGGUUGCAUCAUGGGCACUUACCACAUGCAGAUGGGAAUGGAGACUGGGUUUUGACUAUUGUUACGGCUUUAUCUCUUAUUAUUGAUGUCCUUGAAUUCGCCCCUUCCCAUGUGGCAGUUGUAUUCGACCAUGAUGGAAUUCCAUUUGGUCAUACUUUUAAUCCGUUGAAAGAAAGUGUCAUGGCUAAAGGUCUGAAUUUUCGGCAUACUUUGUACCCAACAUACAAGAGCAACCGUCCCCCCACACCAGACACCGUUGUCCAGGGACUCCAAUACCUAAAAGCAUCCAUCAAGGCCAUGUCCAUCAAAGUAAUUGAGGUGCCUGGUGUUGAAGCUGACGAUGUGAUUGGAACCUUGGCUGUAAGGAGUGUUGAGGCAGGCUACAAGGUUCGAGUCGUCUCCCCAGACAAGGACUUUUUCCAGAUUUUGUCUCCUACAUUACGUCUUCUGCGCAUUGCUCCGCGUGGUCUUGAUAUGGUCUCCUUUGGGAUGGAGGAUUUUGCUAAAAAAUAUGGAGCUCUAGAGCCUUCUCAAUUUGUUGAUGUCGUGUCGCUUGUAGGUGACAAAUGCGACAAUAUCCCAGGAGUCGAAGGGAUUGGCAAUGUGCAUGCUGUGCAACUGAUUACUAAAUUUGGCACAUUGGAAAAUUUGUUGCAAUGUGUGGAUCAAGUUGAAGAGGAACGGAUAAGAAAGGCUUUGAUAGCGCAGGCUGAUAAUGCUAUCCUCAGCAAGAACUUGGCAUUAAUACGUUCUGAUCUUCCGUUCUACAUGGUACCAUUCACCACCGAAGAUAUCGCAUUUAAGAAACCUGAGCUGCAUAUAAGGAACUCACGAGCUUUACCUUUAACCUUGGCAUGGUUACAGGAUAAUGGGGAGAAAUUCACCAGCCUACUAAAAGCCAUUGGUGCAUAUGCCGAAGGAUUUUCAGCUGAUCCAAUCAUUCGAAGAGCUCUUAAUUUGUGGAAGAAACUUGAAAGACGGUGAUCAAUUUUUCUUCUUGUACAGUCAAUCAAUAGCUACUGAUAGCAUGGAUAUCCAUGAGUGCAUACUCUUCAGCAACAUUGGUCGAAGAUUAUGGUCCUCCUCCUCACAAUUAUUUCUGCAGAGGCCGGAAAAGGAAACCCAUGGCUCAGUAUGUGAAGGUAGUAGGCUGGAGAACUGCAUGGAAGAAUAGCUACUUCAAAUACAAUUUCUGAGGCCUAUCGAUUUUCACUUGUAUUCUUGACCUUUUUGCUGCAUUGAGACUCAAUGCUGCGCCAUCACCUGUUUCAAGGAAGGACGAAGGAAGAAUGAUAAUGGUGUGUAGCAUACAAGUUGCAGAUUGAUACUUUAUUUUUUUUUUUUUGGUCGAAGAUUGAUACUGUAUUUGUGUCAAUGGUUUGUGGAUAAAAUGUAACGGGAACACUCGGCUGCCAAAGCAAGAAUCUUGGCAAUGCAUCUCCUUUUAAUCAAUCCUAUUGGCGAUAUUUUUUUCAUGUGUAAGUACUGAAGCAGUGCUGUAAGAUUUCUGCUGGUUUUGUAAGAUCACAUUUCUCUAAA